UCAGUAUAAGAUGCUUCAGGGCUGACGACAAAAUAGGCGUAACGAGAUCCACGCGGGCCUUUCACGAUCCUUCCUGCAGAUCUGGUGCGCUGGUAAUUUGAAGAAGUCAGCUUACAUGUGGCCUUCUGCAACCGUCCACAACAAAGCGAAUGACCAGCCCAGUCCAGGUGACACAGCCCAAACUAAACGACUAUCCCUGAUCGACGUGAUCCGUGUGCGCAUACAUAUUGCCGAAAGUCUCAAACGGGUUUCAUUUACUUGCUACAAACUGUAUUGCAGGGCAGACCGAUCGUUCACGGUGCUGGGAAGAGAAGCAGGCGUCUGGAUCGUCGAGACGGCGUAGCGAGCAUCUCAGUCGAUCGCAAUUUGGAGAUGCCGCCAGCAAGCUCAUCCUUCACAGCUCUCAACGUGGCGAGCGAUGUCGUACCAGAAUACAUGGGAUCGUUCAUGCUUGCCGCGCCUCCGAACACGGAUUUGUGGAGAAAGCCACCUUCCCGAGACACCUCAACAGCACCGGUACUCUAUACAGCUUUGCGCAAUCCGUUCAUAGCAGCCGAAGUCACUGUAUCUGCCGACUGGGAACUAGAGUGGGAUCAAGGAGGGCUUGUCAUCUUUGCAGGCGCACCGCCAGGCCAAACAACACCGACUGGAACAUCAUCAGAAGCACCUAAUGUCAUUUCCAUAUCGCUCGACAACAGCACACCGACUCCUGUACCGACGUCGAAUACACAUCAUAGGAGAAGAAGCUCAAAUUCGCGGAUACCGAUUCCAGAAUCAGGCCACCAGCCCCCUCGACCUCGCAGUCCCCCACCAGCAUACAUUGCGCCCGCACCAGCAUCGAAAUGGGCCAAAGUCGGGCUCGAAUUUUGCAACAACGCCUGCCAUGCGACAUCUGUAGUCGCCAACUCGGAAGGCGCCGACUGGUCUCUUACCUCACUUCCAGCCUACCAUGCGCGGCGUCUCGAUCUCCGCGUCAAAUUCGAACGCAUUGGCUAUGCGCUGUGGGUCUGGUAUGAAGAUGAGAUGCUGGGGUGGAAGAAGUUGAGAGAGGUUACGUGGUUUUUCUGGGGUGUGGAAGAUAAGGCUGUGAGAGUUGGGGUGUAUGCGAGUAGACCGGCGAAUUUUGGGGCGAGCAUGUUUGAUAGGAGGAAUGGGGGGUCGAAUGUGGGGAUGAGGAAUCUUUGCGUGGAUUUUGAGGGACUGGAGAUCUUCUAAGGAGAAGGAGAGAUGCUGAAAGAGCUGAUCAGUGCUUGAAAUGUGCAUGGAACAGCUUGGAAGCUGAUUCUUCCUUGUGACCUUGUAGUUUCGUCCAUUGCCCGGCGUCAUGUUCGUGCACAUCUUGUUUGCAUUUUGCAUCAUUUUCGUUGUAUCUAUCUGGUAACCAGCAGUCUGCUUACAGUCGCAUGACUGACGCCUACACUUUUGUAAUAUCCGCACUAGUACACAU